AUGAUACAGUUAGUGACGCAGUCUGUGGCGUCGUUCAUCAAGUUGUAUCUCUUGUUGCUCUUCGUGCGGGUGUUGCUGACGUGGUUUCCAAACGUCAACUGGAUGCGCCAGCCGUGGACGAUGCUUCGUCAAGUCACCGAUCCGUACCUGAACUUGUUCAGGAACCUGAUUCCACCCGUGAUGGGGCAGAUUGACUUCACGCCCAUCCUCGGUUUCAUGGUUCUGCAAUUCCUCGCGCGCGUCCUCUCGGCGGAUUCCGGGAUGGGUAAAUUCUAG